AUGGCGGACGCCUUCCUGGAGAGCGCGCGCGACGUUCUGGAGGGACAAAUUGACUUCGAGGGACAGCGCCUGGCAGAGCUCCUCAGCACCGCCAUGCUGGCUACCGCUGGUUUCCUCUCGUUCGUUGUCGGCUACAUGACGCAAAACAUCCAGCUCACCCUCUGGAUCGGGUUGAUCGGCGCUGCCCUCACCCUUCUCGCUGUCGUCCCACCCUGGCCUUCCUUCAACAAGAACCCCAUUGACUGGCUUCCGCCACAGCAAGGUGUAUCACAGCUAAACAUUGAGGUCGAUGGUAAAAAAGUCAGAUGA